AUGAACAUUCCCGACAUUCCUGAGGACAUCAAAAAACUGCGUGCGCUGCAGAUCGCGGACUUCAGCAGCAAUCCGAUCCCGCGGCUGCCGGCCGGCUUCAGCCAGCUGCGAGCGCUCACCGUGCUCGGCCUUAAUGACAUGUCGCUCACCAGCCUACCGAGCGACUUUGGAAGCCUGAUGUCAUUGCAGUCCCUCGAGCUGAGAGAAAAUUUACUCAAAUCUCUGCCGGAAUCGCUAAAAAACCUAACAAAGUUAGAGAGACUAGAUUUGGGCGAUAACGAGAUAGAGGAGCUGCCAGGAUUCAUCGGUGAAUUGCCAGCACUCGAAGAGCUUUGGUUGGACCAUAAUAAACUGCAAUAUUUACCUCCGGAGAUAGGCAACUUGAAGGCGCUCGUUUGUUUGGACGUCAGUGAAAACAAGUUAGAGAAACUUCCUGAGAAAAUUGGAGGCCUUUGCUCUUUGACCGAUUUACAUUUGUCACAGAACAUGCUCGAAACUGUACCGGAUGGUAUCGGAGAUCUAUCUAAGUUGGCUAUACUUAAGUUGGACCAGAAUCGAUUGCACACUUUAAACGAAAAUGUUGGAAGGUGUACAAAUCUACAAGAGCUUGUUUUAACGGAGAAUUUUUUAACGGAACUGCCAAAAUCGAUAGGGAAUCUCAAUGAGCUGACUGUAUUGAAUGUGGACAGGAAUUCUUUAGCCGAAAUACCUGUGGAGAUAGGCAAUAUGACGUUGCUUGGUGUCUUGAGCUUGAGAGACAACAAGUUGAGCAAGCUGCCAAAUGAACUGGGCAACUGUAAAUCAUUGCAUGUUCUAGAUGUAAGCGGUAACAGGUUACAGUAUCUGCCAUACACACUCGUCAACUUGGAACUGAAAGCGGUGUGGCUGUCAGAAAAUCAAGCGCAACCUCUAUUGACCUUCCAAACCGACAGAGAUGAAACGACGGGGGAGAAUGUUCUCACUUGCUUCCUCUUGCCGCAGCUCAGUUACACGCAGCAGCCGGAGUUGGAUCACACAUCAGAGGUCGGCAGUGUAACCUGGUUCAGGGAUCACAGAUUUAAUUCACAGUCACAAGAGCUAGAUAGGAUAAGAGAAUCAAGCGUAUCCCGUGACCGGGAUUCUGACGACGAUUGGGAAGAGAAAGAAGCGUCGCGAACGCAUUCUGUCAAGUUCACGGAAGACGUAUCAGAAGCUAGAGAGACUCCAUUUGUGCGACAAAACACGCCUCACCCGAAAGAGCUGAAACUUAAAGCCCACAAGUUGCUCGCGGGACGAUCGCCCGAACAGAAUCAGCAAUCUGCUACACAUGAAGCUCCUACCACGAACGGAAUGGUCACAUCGCCACUCGAAGUUACGCCUACCACAGAAACACUCGAACCUGUUGAAACUCAGUCACCACCAGAAGUCACAAAAGAUGAAGAGAACGAUCAUCAGACGCAAGAAAGAGAAUCAUCGGAUGGCGAAAAUGAUGAAAAUGAGGACUCUGACGAAUUAGAGGCGAUAAAGAAACGCGAGCAACAAGAAGAACAUAAGACUGAUGAAGAGGAGGCCGUGGAUGACGUGCUCGAUGGUGAAUCAGUGUCUGAACGCGCUGACAGCGAAGCUCGAGUAGUGAGCGAGCAUCGCUGCAUAGAAGUGCGCAUAGCGCGCGCCGCUGGCGGCCUCGGCCUCAGCAUCGCGGGCGGCCGCGGCUCUACGCCGUAUGUUGGCGAUGACGACGGCAUCUUCAUAUCACGCGUCACCCCCAACGGGCCUGCAUACAUGGCCGGACUAAGGGUGGGCGACAAAGUGCUAUCAGUGAAUGGUACUUCCGUGGUAGACGUCGACCAUUACUACGCUGUGGAAGUACUAAAAGCGAGCGGACCUGUUCUUACACUAGUCGUAACUAGAGACUCGCCUAAUUCGACCAGAACGCACAGUCGGGCGCCGAGUGGAGCGAGCCAUCAUUCUGUGUCCAGUACGACCGACACCGUAUCCACAUUAGAAAAUGGACAGGUACCCACUGGUCGAGGAAUCAUGGCGAAGCCUCUCAUCAUCAGCAACCAAUACGCGCAAGAGUUCGAGCCCGAUCAAAAAGAUCUCGCGCCUAACCACCAAAAGACUGUGGUAUCUCCAACUUCAAACUUCAGCCCCUCGCCAACCGGGCAGGUGACUACGAAUACGUACCAACGGUUACAGGUGUCACCGCCGCCACCGCAAACUCAACCUUAUGUUCCACCAGUGUACCAACAAAAGGUACUUGUCCACACGACGCUGAUCCGCGACGGAGCGGGCCUCGGCUUCAGCAUAGCGGGCGGGAAGGGCUCCCCGCCGUACAGGGAGGACAGCGACGCCAUCUAUAUCUCGCGCAUAUCGCCACAAGGUGCCGCCGCGAAAGAUGGCAAGAUGCAAGUCGGGGAUAAAGUCGUGUCCAUUAACGGCGUGGAUAUGGAAAACGCGCCACAUGAAGCUGCUGUCGCCGUACUAACUGGCCACGAGCGCUUCGUAAGACUAGUCCUGCAGCGGACUAUCACCUCCGAACAAGCCGACACUAUCUCGAGGAAAUCAAUUUCGGAAGAAAUGAGAGAGCACAAAACGAGCUUGACGAACGUCAAAGUUGCUCCAGCACCGAAGCCCAACCACGUGACCGAGCCGCUGAUCGGAAACCAUACAGCACCGAAGCUUACACACACCACGACAGUAAAGCCCACGGUCAUCGCAAAUGCACCAACGAAUGUGCCCGUACAGACGUCCGCACAUGCUCAACCACAGGUGCCCGUAAACGUGCCCGCACCGGCGACACAAACUUUCACAAACGCGGUUCCACCCCAACCAGCUCCCAGGAGAAUUAGCCAAACUCAAACCAAUGGACAGGCGGGAACAAAAUCGACAACUAACAGUACGAGCACGCCUUUAACUCCUGGCGCCAAUAAAUUGCACGGCUCUAACGACGAUGUUUUCGACGAUAUACAGCCGUCGCGGCCGAUCACGAACGAGGAGUUCCAAGCGAUGAUCCCGGCGCACUUCCUGGGCGCGCCGCGCGCCGCCGAGCUGCCGCCGGAGCGCGGCGUGCGCGUGACCGUGCAGCGCGCGCCGCGCCCCGCCGCGCCCGCUCUGCCGCCGCCGCCCACCGCGCUCGGCCGUGUCACCGAGACCAUCACCAAGUCCACCUUCACCGAGCCCACGGUCACGCGCGUCCCCGACAACCCCCUCGUCGCGCCGCUAAUCGCUGAAGAUGUGACAUUGUUGAAAGAAGGCGGUUCGCUUGGGUUCAGUAUUAUUGGCGGUACUGAUCAUUCCUGUGUACCCUUUGGAGGCAAAGAACCAGGAAUUUUCGUUUCACAUGUUGUCCCCGGCGGUGUUGCCGCACUAUCAGGCAAACUCCGCAUGGGCGAUCGUUUGCUGAAAGUGAACGGCACGGAGCUGUCUGGCGCGACCCAUCGCGAAGCUGUACAACUUCUACUGCAGCCUGGACCCACCUUAACACUCACAGUGCGACACGAUCCACUGCCGCCAGGCUUCCAGGAGUUAACGAUAAUAAAACAAGAAGGAGAAAAGUUAGGAAUGCACAUCAAGGGAGGUCUAAACGGACAACGCGGAAAUCCGAACGAUCCGAACGAUGAAGGCGUCUUCAUAUCCAAAAUUAACAGUGGCGGAGCGGCCAGGAGAGACGGUCGACUCAAGGUGGGCAUGCGCCUGCUGGAGGUGAACGGCGCGUCGCUGCUGGGUGCCACGCACGGCGAGGCGGUGAACGCGCUGCGCGCCGCCACGCUGGCGCCGCUGCACCUUGUCGUAUGCCACGGCUACUCGCGCCCUGAUAAGUAUACCACUGGUAGCGAGAGCGGAACGGCGGACACUGGCGGCUCUCUUUCUCACUCAACGUCGAGCCUGGACAGGGAUGAAACCUUGCACCAACAACAACAGGAGCAACAAUUCCAUAAGGAUCUAGUUGAGUAUGAACAAGAGAAACAAGUCGCAGUAGAAAGGGAAAAAUCCACACCUGAAAAGGUAAUGGAUAUUGUACACGCGGUGGAAAGUAUCGGCUUGGAACCGGCACCGCCUACAUCGCCGGAGCCGCAACAUAAGACCACCACAGUCGUCAUGUCCAAACACACGCUACAACCUCAGACGCCUAGUUCACAAGAGGUGAGUCCGUCGCCGCUGGCUGUGUUCACACAGCAGAAAGUGAAGACGCCGCCCCCUCCGGCCACGCCCACUUCGCUCGUCGCGCCGCCCACAGAAGCCACGUCCUCCGCGCUCAUUCCGCCUGCAACGCCCACAACGUUGACUAAAUUCAACGACGGCACGUCAGUGGACGCGCCAGAAGUUUCGCAACAAAUCUCUCGGCCGUCCCACCCGCCGCCGCCUCCCCCCACCAAACAGAAACCGCAAGUGCCGCGGAAACCGAACAUGAAGCGAGUUAGUUUCACCAGCGAUCACUACACCGACGAACACGAACGACACUCUUUGUCAACAAACGAAACAGACAUCACCCCAACCCCACCGCUUGUGGAAAUGCAUGACAAUCCCCCGGAGAAACCGCACGCUACGACUAACGAUGCAUGCUCGGGGAUGCGUAGCUCUAUACUAAUACAAAGUCAACCGCUGCAAACCGAGGUGGCGGUCACGAAACCGGUUCCGAAGGCGGCUUUGGUGCUCCCCGAGGACUUUAUCAUCCCCCCUCCGCCUCUGUUCGAUACUAACGUAAGUCAAAGUCAGUUAAUAGAGCGGAACGAGUGUGAAGUCGAUGUGCCACUCAUCUCUGUGAUACCCGAGCGACUUGUGCUACCCGAGCCGGUUGUGGCCGAAACAACCAUGCAGUCGUCGAAUUCGACCAAUUCCCCCGAAUCUGAAUUCCCUCCCCCCGUAAACUACGCCGCAUUUCCAGCGCUAGUGCCGUCCGCUGAUGAGCGACCUCGUACAGUAAUAAUUUCUGAAGUGCCUUCCUAUCAAGUCUUCCGUAAUGCUGAUCUUCCUUCAAUUGACACUGAUGAAUAUUAUAAUGAAUUGUCGGCCAGUCCCGAUGGGGAGCCCGAACCGCCUGAAUUAUUACAUGUGCAGUUAAAAACGCUUCCAACAGUUUCCCAUAUACCUAAUUCCCCUUGCAAUUUACAUCCCAAUUUGUGCUAUUACGAAGAUGGUCAGAACGCUAAUCAAACAGAAUAUGCCUCGCUUAGAGAUCUAAGAAUUAAAAGUAUGCCAUUUAAUAUGGCGCAUUCCACAACGUAUCCGUCCAGUAAUCCGUACCCAUCGCUGACGACAGUCGCCGGUACAUAUAAUCCUUACACCCAGCCUCUGCCUGUACGUGUCUCUAAUCAAACAGAUACUACGUAUAGUCCAAAUGUAACCCAUUCAAAUAUCUCCCCGUCAGAAAAAGAUAUGAAUGCAAAUCUCACACAUGCAGUUCCUCCCAUACAUAUUGGCGACAUGCCUAAAAUUAUUCAAUCAGAGAGAAGAGUCCAUUUCGGCGAAGUGACGACUGCGUCUGAAUCUGAUAGAUUGUCGAACACUUCGGAGCCUGCGAGGGAAGGAAGUUCCUCGCCCGCAUCUACCCUGAAACCCGCAUGGAGCAGCAAAAUCAAAUCCUUCGCCAUCGGCGAGGCUUCCCCACCUCAUUCUGGUAAUUUUGUGAAAGCUUCUGUCAGCGAUAAGAAAAAGUUCUUCGAAAAUGCAAUGGAAGAAAGUCACAAGUCAUCGCCUAGACCAGAAAAAGUUUUCACGUUUCUGUCAGCGGAUGAGGUGGAGAAAAUGAAGCAAGAAGAGGAGAGAAAAAUGGCGUCACUUUCACGCGCAGAUCUCGGCUCGUGGUCACAAGCGGAGGACCGGCAGAGCGGAGACAGCUCGCAUUCAGAUGACGAACCUUACGAGAAUGGCCAUAGUGCUAGGGCGGGUGGCGUCAGUCCGUCGGCGAAGUCGCAGCGCAGGCGAGCGGCGCGCGAGGGCGGCGACAGCGAAGACCCGCAGGCGAGAGCCGCGCGCCGAGCGGCCUGGAGAGCCGCGCGUUUACGAUCUUUAGAACAGGAGGCCAUUGAAUCACAGAAAGUUAUUAAAAGUAUGGUUGGCCCAGCGAAUGACAUCAUAGGAGAUGUGCCAUUGCGAGAAAAAUCUCCUUCAGAGGUGGAGACGACGCAAGAGAAAAUUUUAUCGUUGGAACUAACAAUGAGUCCGAGCAGUGAAACUGCACCAACUGAUCUCGAAGGCAACGCAGUCAGUCUGGGCGAGGGCGAAAUUGGGGAGGAUUCCCUACAGCCUGAUAUUGUACAAGUCGUGAAUCCACUACUAGACGGUGGCGUUGGAAGAGUCACCGCUAUACCAGUAGGGCCGGCACAUCGACUCACUGCGUACACAGAAAAACCACAAUAA